AUGAAGAGGAAGUUAAGUCUCGGUCAGCACGCAAGAGACCUGGCAGAGAAGGGACUGGACCAGGCUUCAGAUGUAAUUUCGGACACACAACCAGAAGACAAGUCAUUGUCCGAGGAGUACCAACAUCGCAACUUGGCUGUUCAGUUGCUUAACGAGCAACUCAACGACCCUGUCAAGUCAAGACAUGACUCCGUUCUCGCCACCAUUCUACUUCUCUGUCAUUAUAGAAUGGCGGAGUCCGGCAUUGCCAAAUUUCAUACCCAAUUUGCGGGCGUGAAGAAGAUCUUGGGAAUGAGACGGUCUUCGCCAUUCCCUCCCUCGAGGGAUUCUGCUUGGAUGGAGGCACUCUUUACAUACUUUGACGCAAUCUCAGCGAGCAUUAACGACCGGGAGGCGCAGCUCAAUACUUCAUUCUUUGGAGUAAUGCCUGAUGCUCAAUUACUGCCACCUGGUGCGGAGAAUCUAGUCGGCUGCGACCGGGAGCUUUUCAAAACCAUCAUCAAACUCGGACGGCUCAACUUGUUGUCACAACAUCGACCUGUCCAGAACCUUCUCAGCAACCCGCUACCUCGCGGCGUUCCAUCUCGGUCACAGUCACCUCUGGGCUCGCCGCUGGGACACUCGUUCAAGUCAGCUCACCAACAUCACCUCAGCGCGGACAUGUUUGGUGCGCCUCACCGCUUCGAUGGCAAUGGAUUUGGUGCUACAAUCGAAGAGGAAGAGGCUAUUGCCUCAUCGCUAUCCUCUGCUGCCUACGAUGAUCACCGCUCAACAUUCUGGCGUGAAUGGAAAGAUGCUCGUAUUUCUCUGCAAUCUUGGGAGUUCGAGCCUCAGCGUCUUGUGGCGUCUCUCCCAGGUCCAACACCGCCUAGUAGCGCACAAGUUCGCGACCUUGGCUCUCUAUCUGAGGCCUUCCGGUACGCAGCUUUGCUUUACACUGAGCGCCUAGCAAGCCCGAAUGUGCCGUCCAGUCAUAGCAACUUCCGUAAUUUGGUCAGCCAGGUUGUUUACUACGCAACAUCUCUAGAGGCAGGAUCAUCUGCUGAGAAGUUCCUUCUCUGGCCAUUGUUUGUUGCGGGCUCUGAAUGCGUCAACGAGCUUCAGCAAAACAUUGUCCGCUCCAAAUGUCGCGAGAUCAUGGCCCGAUCAGGGUACAUGAACAACCUAGCAGCCUUGGACGUGCUUGAGCGUCUCUGGGCCGGCGACUGGAAGGAAGAAAGCCCUGGCAACAAGCUCGCCGGGAUGAUGCGCCGUGGACCGUUCAACUGGGCCAAGUGCAUCGGCGGCCCGGGAGUCGAGGUCGAGUGGAUCAUGUUUUAA